AGCGGGGUCGCCAGUCGGCCCCACGGAUCCCUCACAUGACAAGGACCAUGAGGAGAGUGAUGAUACACCUCAGUCACCAACAGCACCAUCAGAGGAGGGUGAGCGUUUGGAGUUUAUGAUUACAGAUAGUGCGGAUCGGCACGGAGUGGGGUACCAUUCAACACCACCAAGAGUAGGACCAAGGGAUACAGUUCCCUCUAGAUCGUCUAUUUCGCUGCAAGAUUUUGUUCACGUACAACAACGAGCGUCGUAG